UAUGCAAACAGAAAAGUUGAGUGGAAACACUCUCGCUUCCUCACAUCUCUCUCCCACUUUCGCCAAUCGCCACUAUCUUAACCCAACCAUAGUUAACCACCAACCCCACUUCUCCCAACAACUGCUCUACCCCUCCCUUAUUUAUAUUCCUCCCCAAUCCCCAUUUCCAUUCUCCAAUCCCCUCCCUCACUAUUUCUUUUCAUGCGAGGCCCAUUUCGCAAACAAGGCUUUCAUUAAUCUAAGGUCACAGUACCAAAAUAGGCAUGAGUUGCAACGGCUGCCGCGUCCUUCGAAAGGGUUGCAGCGACUCUUGCGUCUUGCGCACUUGUUUGCAGUGGAUCCAAACCGCCGAGGCUCAGGGCCACGCCACUGUUUUUGUAGCUAAAUUCUUUGGUCGUGCUGGACUCAUGUCCUUCAUUUCCAACGUUCCACAAAAUCAAAGACCCGCUCUCUUUCAGUCUCUACUGUUUGAAGCGUGCGGGAGAACGGUCAAUCCCGUCAACGGCGCCGUCGGCCUUCUCUGGACCGGCAACUGGCACGUCUGUCAGGCCGCCGUCGAGACCGUGCUCCGCGGCGGCGCGCUCCGGCCCAUGCCCGACCUUAUGGCUCUCCACGCUCCGGCUCUCGAUGAGACAUCCGAAGCGGAAGUUGGUUGCACCGACAUUUGGAGGAUCUCAGACACGAGUCCCAACCCCAACCCGAGCUCCUGCUUCACCAGGUCGCGUUCUCACGGCAAGGUCUCAUCAUCCGGCGGCGGAAAACGCCAGCGCUCGGAGGCUCAAGCGGCGCCGAAUCUCGAUCUCCGUCUGACGCCGGCUUUUCUGCAGAAGGUCGAGAGCCGCCGCUCUGGGUCACCCUCGAUGACGUCGGAGGAGUCCGGCACGACGACGGCUUGUUUGGAGAGCGGAUUUGGGGGUGACGGCGGAGACCGGAAAGUUCUCAAUCUUUUUAUUUGAGGACACUUUCUCUCUCUCUCUCUAACCUCUAUGUGAGGGUUAUGUUUUUUGUUGUAUGGUGUAAUAGUGGGUGGUGGGGUUCUUCCCGGAUUUGAAAUUCCGGCGAGUUUUAGUGAGAGUGAUUCACCGGCACAGGAUUUCUCUAGAGAGAAAAAUGAGGGUUCGUCGGUGAUCUUUCUCUUUUUUUUUUUUCUCUUUUUUUUUUAAUCCCUUCCAAACAUGAAAUAGAAAUAUGUAAGCAGCCCUGUGACCGUGGGAUAUCAUCGAUAUUGAUAUUAAUAUUAAAUAUGAAUAAAGACUAGAUACAUCUUUUGCUGUUUUAA